AUACAGGUGCAGUGUAAGCUGCCAAAUAUCACAAAAUUGUGUUAGAAACUUGUUAGAUUCAGUGAAACAGUUAAUAUUAGUUGAAAUAGGAACAGUUCGAAGCGGUUGUUCGCGCGAGCGGUUUUUGUCUACCUAAAGCGGAAAGUUGGAACAAUAUUAUUGGCAUGCAGUUUAUCACAAUAGAUUAAUUACGAGUUUGGCUUGUGUUCAAGUGUUUUCAAAGACAGUAAUAUGGCCACCGCGACUGCGAGUCACAUUCCUGAAAUUAUAAAACUUCAGCUCCGAAAACCUAAACAUUGGAAUUGGGAGCUAUCCACUUCAAAAUCUUCACCUAAUAUCACAAUGCCCAUUAUAAAGCUUUAUGAUUACAAAGGGAAUUUGCUCGUGGAAGCUAAAGACAACGGUACAACAACAACCAGUAUAUAUGGUUCAGAUUUGAAAUUGAAUGAGGAUAAUGGUAGCACUAAAUCUGCAAAGAGAAGAAGGAAUUUGAUAAGAUCCAGAAGCGACUCGUUUGGUCCACCGACUUCCCUUAUGAAAAAAGCAUCUUCGAAGGUUUCCAUAAAUUCCCAAGACAGGAAACAGCUCACGCAAAGAAGCAAUAAUUCGGUUAACAGUGAGGGUUUUAAAGAAAAUAGCGAUAUAAACGACCAGAAAACUUUCAAUGCGGUAGAGAAUUCUAUUUUCCAAGAAAACGAACACGAACAAAAAAGAAAAAAAGCCGAGGUUACUGCAAGGAAUCGAUUGGAAAAGUCGAAAAGCGACUUAUUAUACGAAAAACGAGGUAAUAUAUCCUUGACAAAAAAUGUAGAAAAGAGUCAAACGACAGUUGAAGUUGGGGAACAAACUAGGCACAGGAGAUCAAGAAGCGACGAUCUAUUCAGAAGGAAACUAAGAUACAAUAGUGAAGAGAGUAUAAAGAGAGCUGAAUUAGACGGGUACAGAAAUUUUAUCACUCCAAACAUUCCAAACGAGCAGAUUCAAUCGAAAGAACAGAAUAAAUCAGAAAAAAAUAAAAAAUCUAAUAGAAGUGGAAUAAUACACACUAUAGAAGCAGUUUCUGUGGAUGAUAGUACAAAAAAUAUAGAGUUGUCGGAGCUCUUGCACAAACAAAAAUAUACGACAAGAACGAGUAGCGCAGGAACCUUAAUAAUUCCUAAAGAGAGUUUCCAAGAUUGCAGAAGGCGCCGAAGAAGACGUAGAGAUGGUAAUAUUGGAUCAUGGCCGUUGGAAUCCGCAGUGGAAACUAAGGAUUCUAAUGAACCUGCGGCCCUUUUAUCUUUAACCGAGCAAUCUCCGUCGUUGGGGAUCAAAAAGGAUUCGGGUAUUUUGAGAGAGCCAAGGAUACGUUCAUCCGAUAAAAAAUAUAUCAGACAAACCAGCCAUUCUACGACCUCACUUCCAGGAAAACAUAGAAAAUAUGCUGCUUCCGAUCGACCACAAACGUUCAAAAGCAUGGAGUCGUCGGAAAAAGAAAGAAAACCGAUCCACGAGUCGUCAGGGUUAUUCCAUUCCUACAGCGACGUUUUUUUGUUUAAAAAUUUGUUUGUGCGGAAUCCCAAUUAUUUCGUUGAUAAAAAUAACAAUUGUUGCGAAAUUGACAGUAAAAGCGAAACUCGCGAAAAUGUGAUUGAAAGUCGUAGAAAAAUCGCGCCGUCGUUAUCGUCGAAUGAUAAACGACCUCGCGAGAGAUGUAAAAUACGAAGAAAAACCCAGAAAAGACAAGAGUCGAGCUCUUCAAGUGAUGAAACACAUAAAUACAAAAAAGGGCAUUUGAUACGAGAACAUUCUGCACAGCGGGAAAAAGCUACCGGCGGAGCAUCUGCAGUCUGCGAAUCUGGCGGAGACGCCAACGAUCUUCUAAAACUCGUCCGACGUCUCUCCUAUUCUUAUACGCCGCCCAGAAAGCAGCCGACAGACGCCGAAGAUGCCCACCAGGUGGUGGAUGACGACGUGAAUAUGGGGGCGAACGUCAGCCGUCAUUCAGCUAAAGGGUUGGGACGGCGUUCCCAGUCAAGCGGCAGUAUUUGCAAUGGCGGUGGCGGUUCGGGAAGUAUAGGGAAAGGUAAUAGACACCCCGAAGGAAAGAUAUGCAGCAGCUUACCCAGUUAUUUGGAUGAUAGAGAUAAGAAUGGUACAUGCAACAACAACCAUGAUGGGAAGCAUCACUUAGAUGCGGUUGAUAGGAUUCCACCUUUAGGUGACGGCGCCCCUUUGCACUGGAAAUUUUCAGAUACUCAAACAAUUUGCGAUCAAGGUUAUGGUUCAGAACGAUCACCAGAAGAAGAAUACCCUCCGAAUCUCACCAGUUUAGAUCAAGAUUCACUUCAAUGUCAUCAUCAUCUGGAACCUCACGCGUGCUACCCUUUCAUUACACCGGAAAGUACCUUUGUCGUGAAAUUAACAAAAGGUUCGAGAGGUCUUGGUCUCAGUGUAACUGGUGGCAUAGACAGUACAGGUUCCUGGCCAGGUUUAAUUAGAAUUAAAAGACUGUUUCCUCAUCAACCCGCAUCGGCUUGUGGCCUAUUAAACGUUGGGGAUUUAUUACUAGAAGCCAAUGGAAUUACGCUUACCGGACUCACUAAUUACGAAGCCCUGGAAGUCCUCCGAACUGCUCCAAAUCAAGUAGAUUUAAAAAUAUGUAGACCUCCUCCAGAUGUAUUAAACUGUGUCAGUCCUAUAUCAGAAGUUCCUCCACCUCCUCCUAGACGAGAACCUCCUAACACUCUUAACUUGCCUUCCAAUUCUUAUACUACUCCAGAAGAUGAAUAUUAUCAUGGGGAAUUUGAAAUUACGCUUAAAAAAAUUCAAGGAUCUCUAGGAUUUACACUUCGCAAAGAAGAUGAUAGUGCUUUGGGGCAUUAUGUUAGAGCGUUGGUUAGAGAACCAGCACUUACUGAUGGACGAAUUAGAGCUGGUGAUAAAAUAAUAGCAGUAAAUGAUGUGGAAAUAUGUCCAAUGUCGCACGAGCAUGCAGUUCAGUUUUUAAGACAGUGUCCUGAAAUCGUCAAGUUGCGCCUUUAUAGAGAUUCUGCUCAAACUCCUGUUGCUACACUUUCACCAACGGAAACAACACCCAGAACAUCUUUUUCUCGUAAAGCCCAUUUAAGACAAGAGGCUAUGGAUAUGCUUAACGAUCUAGCCGGCCGUAAAUUGUGUAUGAACACCGAUAUAUACAAUCGGUCACUUUCGCCGAAUUCUUCACCACGACGUCUGCGUCGACAUCAAUUCGCGUCAGACGCUUCCCAAGGCGAUUACGUCUCAAAUAAUGAUCAUACCCAACACGGUGACUACUCUACCUCUCAUCCACAAGACUACGAAAUUUAUCACGAGCAGUUUCAUGAAGGCAUCAUCCAGAAAUGUCCUAGGCCUUUCGACGAGGACGCUUUUAAUUCACUCUUCUCGAUGGAAUCGGACGAAGGAGAUCGACCAAAUAGACCGAGUUCGUUGGAACUAUAUAAUCCAAAUCAAACCCCGGUGGCUUGUCGCAAACCCCGAUUUAAUUUUUCAUUGGCUCACAACGCUUACGAAUUGAAUAAUUUAGAUGCCGAAGUUCUGGAUGCACCCAAUUUAAAAUAUAAUUUAUGUAAUGAAGAUGUAAAAACAUCAGAUUCGGAAGGCCAAGAACCUGUUAGUAUGCCACAUAUUCCGACUACUACUACUUCGAAUUUUAGUUACAAACAUCCGGCCUAUCAAUCAGCGCAUCCUCAAAUUAAUCCCGAACCAACAGUAGAACAACCUCCUACCAAGCCUGUCACUAAAGUUGAUGAUGGUACUAUAAGGAGAAGAAAAAAGGAAGAAAGGGAUGCUAAAUCUAAUCUUACUGCUCAGCAACUACCAAUGAAGGAAGAAUAUGAAGUCCUUGCGAUUGAACUGAAUCGAGGUUGGAAUAGCAGAUUAGGAUUUAGCUUACAAGGAGCCGCUGGUGUAACAUACGUAAGCGCAGUUCAUGCCGAUAGUGUAGCUGCUAGAGACGGAAGACUAAAACCGGGUGAUCGUCUAAUUAAGGUAUUCUAUUAUCUAUUAUAUUUAAAAAAGUUAUUGAUGUCUACUUUAGUGAAGAAACUUAUCCACUACCAAAAAAUGAUGAUUUCUUUAUUUUACUUUAUAGCAAUAAUUUUUACAUUACAUUUUAUCUUAUUUUCAUAGUAAAUUAAAACUUAGCAAGGAACGAAGGUAUGGUAAUUGUCUUGUUUGUCUAUUAACCAUGCUUUUAUUACAUCUAUUUGCUUUUAACUGAAAAUUUCCACUAUUUAAAAACAUUAUGUUAGGUACUGGUUUAUUUCCAACUGAAUAAUUCUUAUUAUUAUACUAGAUAUUUGAAUUAUCGCUAGACUUUCUUGAAAAAAAAAAUGACAUCGAAAGUUUGAAUCCAUUGUACCUAUUUUUAAAGUACAUCGGCUUUCAAUUGGGGUACUACGGACCUAUCAGAAGGUCUAUGUGGGCAACAAUCCUAUUGAUCGAAAUUCAACUAUGAACUAUUCUCAAUAUACAUGCGACUCACCUCGUCGUGGUAUACCCGAUAUAUAAUAGCUUUAAAUAAUUUUCUUCAGGUGUAUAGCAAUCGAAUUACAGAUAAUUCUCAUAAUACUGAAAUUUGUCUAAUUUUUGUGAUAUAUUUUCUUUUGUAGGUAAAUGAUGAGAGCAUAGAGCAUAUGACUACUAGUGAAGUAAUAGAUUUACUGCGAAUAGUAAGGGGUCCCGUGUGUAUUGUAGUUUCAAGGGUCAAAUCUAAUGAAGACUGUCCAAAAAGCAAUGCGGAGAAUUGAAAAACCCUAGUAGUACAAUUUUAUUAAUUAUAAGAAAGCAUUUUAAAAUAUAAGAUCAAUAUCUGUUUUAUCAAGCUUCGUUAUAUCAUUGUUUAUUAUUAAAACAAAUAUUAUAUUAUCGUUUUUUUAUUGUCAGUGCUUUUAAUUGAAAGUUUUGAUAUUGUUAAUUAUUGAAUUGAUUGUCAUUACACGCCAUAUUGGUGUCUUCCUAUAUUACUUAUUUAUUUCAAUUAAAAGUAUUGGUAUUUUUGUAACAUUUUAAUAUUUGUGAUAUACUGUUUUUACGAUAUACUUGCAAAAAACGUCACUAAAUUAUACCAACAAAAAAUGGAAAUCAUUACUGUACCAUAUAGAUUUCAACCAAUUUUUCCAAUUCAGAAUAUGAUUUAGUGGUAGUAAAAAUUGAUUUAUGAAUUCUGGGUUAGAAUUUUCAAAACAAUAAUUAAACCACUGAAAUUCUAUAAAAUUUUUGAAAAUAUCAAGUUUCAAACGGUUUCAGUUUAUACAUGUAAUAAUUUAAUAUCAACAAAUAUUUGGAGAUAUGAUAAAAGUCUUGUAUAUGUUUAUUAAUUUCUCCUUUUAUUCUAUAGACACACCCUUUAUAACACAAAAAUUAAUUUUUCUAAUAGAGCAUGUGGAAUCUCAUUUGCAAAGAAACUGGUUUUUAAAAUCCUUCCUAAACUUCUUCGUUAUUCUUCUUUAAUCGGUGCUACGGUCCUUUGAGAACCAGAGCCUUCUCAACAAUCAACUCACAAUCCUUUCUGUCCUGAGCAUGGUGCUUCCAGCGUCGAAUCGUUAGCAGCUUCAGAUCUGCCUCAACGUCCUCCAACCAGCGAAUGCGUGGCCUUCCUCUCAGUCGCCGUCCUCCAGGAACUCCAUACAUAUUUCGAUCAGAAGGCAUAUUCUCCACGUGUCCUAGCUAUCUCAGACGCGUUCUCCGGAUGCACGCCACCAAAUCUGGUUCGUCAUCGUCCCUCUCAGCUCAAAUUUCCUCCGGAUCUUCAACGCACUGUUCUCGCAAACAGGACCAAAAAUAUUUCGUAGGAUCUUACGCUCCGAGCAGUUCAAAAUUUCCCUAAAAUACUCCUAAUUAUCAUGUCAGGUCCGCUUCAAAGUCAUCCAACCAGCAAAUGCGUGGUCGUCCUCCAGGAACUCUAUACAUGGCUCUACGUGGAUAUUGAUCAGAAGGCAUCUUCUCCACGUGUCGUAGCCACCUCAUCGCGUCACCAAAUCUAGCUUGCAUCGUCUAUCUUUGCUAAGCAUUCCUUCGGAUCUUCAAAGCACCGUUCUCGCAAACAGGGCCAAAAUAUUUUGUAGGAUCUUACGUUUCCAGCAGUUCAAAUUUCCCCUACAAUGCUCUACAAUACUACAAUGUCCCUCUACAGUUUCGGGAUAUUAUAUAACUCUGUGAUCAUAAAAGCAAAGGUCAAGUUACAAAUAAAAGAAGAAUAAACCAUAUACCUAUAUAUCAAAAGUAUGGAAGGUAGAGAGAAGAAGAAUAAUCUGUGUUCAUGAAAAAGUCCGUCGAAAUAUGUUAAAUAUAGGUGGCCCCAUAUUAGCAUCAGAGUAAAUUUCAUUUAGAUUAUAUUCACUACAUUAUUUUGUACUACGCAAAUCCUUGAUAUUUUCAAUAAUGAACUUCUCGAGUCAAAAUUGAUAUUAAAUUUUUUAACUCGGCAUACUUCAAUUCAUCUGCAAUUGUUACAUUCAUACAAUAAUCUUUGUCUACACCAGCGCCAUUCUGGAAGUAGUUUGAACUGAACGCAUCUGGACACUUUCUUCUCAACUUUUCUCCCAUAAGAGAUACUCCUCCUUCUCUCUACUCUCCAUAAAUAAUAGUGACGUUUAGUAAGUUUAUCCUAAAAAAAGUUUAGUGUCUGUUAUUGUGGAUAUGUAAAACACAUUUUUUUAAAGACUGCUUCAUAUUUAGUGUGAUCAAUCGUGCUGCUAUUAAUUACGUAACUAUAUAGAGACUGCAUUUCAAUUUUUAAGUCAUGGAAUUGAAUUUUUCAUUAUUUACAUUUCCGACGCUUUUAAUAAGACGGAAGAGGAGAGGAGAAAAAGAUUAUUUACAUAUCUACGAUAUAUUAUACAUUGUUAUAUUCGAAAAGUUUUGAAAUAAAAAUCGUGGGACUUUUUUUAUGCUAAAUUAUAUCAACUUCGCAGGUAGCCAUCAAUUAUUAUCAAUAAGAACUGACUCUACUGCUGGAGUAAGAUGUUUUGACAUUAAUCAGCUCAAGAUGUCUUUCGAUUGAUGUAUAAAAAUUUAGACAAUACUCAAUUAUAGAUAUUUAUGAUGUGAAAAUUGAAAAUAACAUUUUCGGUGGACGGCAGUCUAUUUCAGUCCAUAAACCUUUUCAGAGCAGUAUCAUAUUUGUAAAUAAGUCUUGUCUUUAGUGUAAAUUAACUUGAAGAAAUUAUAUAUUCUAAUUCAGUGAACAAGGUAUAAUUUUUGGAAGUCUCAGAAUCUCUGUCCAUAAUCUUCAGUUUCUUCACUUGAUUUUGGUCUUUCAACAUUCUCUAUUUGAUUCAACUCAACAUCAGAAUCAGACUUUGAAUCUGAAGUCAAUUCUCAUGUUUACAAUUUUUCAUGCGUUGUAUUUAAAAAAAUUGUACACAAGAAACAAUUUUCUAUUAACUUUUUCAUUAUUUCAAAGACCAAUAGCACAUCCUUACAGAUAGUUCAAUAUUUGGGAGAAACAAAAAUUGAUCUGUUGAAGAUAACAUUUGUCUUUACGAAACAUAGUAUUUUGAAUGACUGGUUUUCAAAUUUAUAUACUAUGGUGGUCGUUAAAAAUUAAAUUUUUUACGACGCCCCCAAUAACCUCCUUUCUAAUGAUAAAACAGUGGAACAAAAUAACACGUGCCUCCAUACGAUCUUAGUUAAUUUUUCGGUAUAAUUAUCUUUUUUAGGAAUUAGAGGGCGUCGCAAAAAAAUUAAUUUUUAUGACCACCCUAUUAUAUACUUAAUUCCUGUUCUUGCCUUGUAAAAAAUUUUAAUUCUUGAAAUACUUUAGCACUGUUAGACUACAUCACUUGUAUGGUUGAUAAUGUUGAUUGUUUUUUGAAAUGAGGCCCCCUUCAUUCGCUUCACGAACAUGAAACAUAUGAACCAAUAAAUCUGUCUUUCUUUUUUGGUUGAUAUCCGUCAUCAAAAACGCAUUUAGGUGUUGUAAUUAAUUUUUUUAUUGUUAGAUUUCAAUUAAAAGACAUGAAAUCACGAUUUUAUGAUUUAAAAAGUAUUUUAUUAUUCAAUAUAUUCUUUCCCUGAACAUUAAUACAAUUGUUCAUUGAAAUUUCAUCCACAAGAUGUGAGAACAAUCAACAUCCAAAUCUGGUAAACAGUUUGAAUUGAUUUUUAAUAAGAUUAUUCACAUUAUUUUGAUAAAACAUGAUUUUUGUAUUGUGUAAACUUUUUUUCACGAAUUUUUCCAUACAGUUGAUGCUGAAGAUUAUAAUAAUACUCUGUUUUAACAUUGUGGAAGUAAUCCACAAGCAACAUUCCUCUUGCAACCUAAAAAAGUUGAUGUAACACAUUCGUGUCUGUUACCUGAACCCAGGACAUUUUAACUUACUUAAGGACACUUCAAAAUAUUUAUUAAUCAUAUAGGAAAGGGCAAAUUACACGGGAAAGAAGAGAACCUAUCAAUACACAAAUAUGUCACCCCUUUUAAAGUUUUUAUUUCAAAGAAAAGUGUAUAUAAAGCAGUAUCCUUAGUAUCCUUAGAUUUGAAUUAGAAAUUUAUGUACAUAAUUCUGAACUACUUUGUACAUUAUUUACGAAGUUGAAAUUAUUUUUUAUCAAUUUCUACUGAAAUACCCUGGAAAUGUCAUAUAUUAUAUGAAAGUUACAAAGAAAUGUUUCUUCUAUUAUCCCAUAGAAGUUAUUUUCAAAACUUUUCAAAUUUCUUGAUAUUUUAUAGUUUCCCUGCGUCGAAUGUGAUUAAAUAAAAUUUAUGGUUAAGAAUCUAUUUUGUUAAUGUUGAAUUCUUAAAUAUAUGAUUUUGUUUAUUAGGAAUAA